UUGGCCCCGCCUCCUCUUUGAUAGAAGAACUCGGUGAUGUCGCUUCGUCUUUAACGAGCUUGACCCAGACUCGGGAGAAGGAGGGGGACCACCGGGGAGCGAACACACCAGAAGACCGAAUCGUCUGGCAGGCGUCGGGACGGGCUUUCCACGGGCAGUCCAUUCCUCCCCUUAUUUCUGGGCUUGGUGGUUCGGUGACCUUCUACACAUGAGCAGCUAGAGCUCACCCUCUGAUCUUGGUGUGAUCUCUCACCUCUUCUACCAAACCACGCCCACAGGUGAAGUGUGUAUGGAGCAGUGUGAGAGCGCAGCGGCUCUGCUGGAGUCGGUCAGGGAGCAGGAGGUGCAGUUUGAACAGCUGACCCGGGCGCUGGAGGAGGAGAGGAGGAGAGUGGGCCUCUCUGCCACCAGUCCCUCUGCCCUGGGUCGCCCCCUCCCUCACACACAGAACGGGCGUUUAGGGGAUGCAGACAUAGAACGACUGAAACUGACUGACUCGUACAUGAACGGCACACAGUACAGGAUGGUGGACCCUGCACACGGCGCUCUAGAUGAGAGCUACACACCGGACGACGACUCCCAGGAAGUACACUCAGUGUUUUCUGAGGAGGGAACCACGCGGCGGCUGGACACAUCUCUCCCUCAGAUGAAGAAACCCAUCUCGCGCACAGUCCUGCCCUCUGACUCGAUGUCCAUUGAUGGGAGCUUGUCGGUAUCCGGUAUGGGUGGGUACAGUGCCACGCUGGACCGUCCUUACAGGCAGGCUGUUGCAGGAGACUACCCCACAGCCACAGUACCCAGAAACUACCACUAUGGCCCUGUGGGGGGUUAUGUUGAUUACCGGGAUGGCCCGCCAUCAGAAGCAUACACAAGUCUGAGCAGGGGCUCACACAUGGACGAUCGUUACAGGCCAGCUGAUGGCUACAGGACUCUGGAUUCUGGCUACAGGGCCCCAAGCCGUCAGCAGCUCGACCAUUACGUAGCACAGCCACAGGUUAGCCGGGGAAUGAGGGCCUUGGGCUCAGCAUUGGAGAUGCGUUAUGGUCAGGGCCACUACGGUCUGGAAGAUGACCAGCGCAGCGUGGGAUAUGAUGACUAUGGUAUGGGCCCUCCACCCAUGCACCCUGGAGGCUAUGGCACCAUGCCGCGCCUGGGACCCGGCCCCGUGGGUGUGGACAGACGAAGACUCAGGAGCUGUGAGGAUACUUUGGAUGGAGACAUGGGAGGAGCUGAUCCGUAUGCCUGGGGCAUUCCCAUGACGAUGGAGAGGGGCAGCAUGGCUUCACUGGACAGCACACUAAGGAAGGCUCCCCCCUCCUCAUGGAGACAGCCGGAGCUGCCGGAGGUCAUCGCCAUGUUGAACUACCGCCUGGAUCCUGUCAAGACCAACGCUGCUGCCUUCCUCCAGCAUCUCACAUUCAAAAAUGACAAGGUCAAGUCAGAAGUGCGUCGCCUGAAAGGUAUCCCAUCCUUGGUGUCAAUGCUGGACCACCCCAGCAAAGAUGUGCACCACUCGGCCUGCGGAGCUCUGAAGAACAUUUCAUAUGGACGAGACCAAGACAACAAGAUUGCCAUCAAGAACUGCGACGGAGUGCCCGCUCUGGUCAGGUUGCUGAGGAAAACCCGUGACCAGGAUCUCACUGACACUAUAACAGGUACCUUGUGGAACCUCUCGUCCCACGACUCUGUAAAGAUGGAGAUAGUGGACCACGCUCUGCACGCACUGGCUGAUGAGGUGAUUGUUCCCCACUCGGGCUGGGAGCGGGGGAGCAACGGUGGAGAGGAGAGCUGCAAACCACGACAUCUGGAGUGGGAGACCGCCUUGACCAACACUGCUGGCUGCCUUAGGAAUGUGAGUUCAGAACGCAGCGAAGCCAGGCGAAAACUGAGAGAAUGCACCGGACUGGUGGAUUCGCUCAUGUACGUUGUCCAAUCACAGAUCAACCGCAAAGAUGUGGAUAACAAGCUGGUGGAGAACUCCGUUUGCCUCCUGAGGAAUCUUUCCUAUCAGGUCCACCGUGAAGUCCCCGGCUGUGAACGAUACGCAGAGGCAGCGCCCCUCAACCAGGGACCGGCCCCUGCGAACAAAGGUGGCUGCUUCGGCUCUCGAAAGGGCAAAGAUGAGUGGUUUUCCAAAGGAAAGAAGGAUGGAGAUGAUGGAAGUGGAGAUCAGGUGGAUAUUCCAAAGAGGACAACACCUGCCAAAGGUUACGAGAUGUUGUUCCAACCAGAGGUGGUUCGUGUUUACACAUCGCUGCUCAGAGAGAGCAAAAAUCCCUCGGUGCUGGAGGCGGCUGCCGGGGCCAUCCAGAACCUGUGUGCUGGCCGAUGGACUUAUGGUCGAUACAUCCGGGCCACUGUGCGUCUGGAGAAGGGUCUUCCCAUGAUGGCAGAACUACUGGCUCACGGCAAUGACCGUGUGGUCAGAGCAAUGUCCGGAGCCUUGAGGAACCUCGCCAUCGACAACCGCAACUGCCAACUGCUCGGUUUGCAUGCAGUGCCUCACCUUGUGGCCAACCUGCCUGGAGGCCAGAGUCAGUCUGGACGUACACUCUCAGAGGAAACAGUGGUGUCUGUACUGAGCACACUCACCGAGGUGCUAGGCAACAGUCUGGAGGCAGCGAAGACCCUCCGAGCCUCGCAGGGCAUCGAGAGGCUGGUGCUUAUUAACAAGGAUGGCAAACGGUCGGACCGUGAAGUGCGGGGGGCAGGCCAGGUGCUGCAGCUGGUCUGGGCCCACAAGGAGCUCCGUCGGCCUCUGGAGAAAGAUGGCUGGAAGAAGACAGACUUCAUGGUCAACCCCAACACCAGCACCACCAACGGCCCAAGCAGCCGAGCAAACGGCGCCUAUGAAGACAGCACCACGCCGCUGCUGGACAGAGGAGAAAAGAGGGACAUGAUUCCACUAAAUGACCUUGGCCCUGAGGCCUACUCUACACUGGACCAGAGGGAGAGGAGACGCACUCUGGAUGACACCACAGACACUUUACCGCGAGGGGUGUAUGGGGGCAGAAAGGGCUCCCUGCCUCUGUUGGACUCCUACGAUGGUUAGCCCUCCCCCUCCCCUCUACUCCCCUCUGCAUGUAACAGCAUGAAAAACUGAUAGUGUGCAUCACUCAGACGGGGCCGUCCCUGCCCUACCACUGCUACUGAGGAGAGAAGAUCCAAAUGCACAGACUCUCUCCCUUCCUCCCUUCCUCUCUCUCUCCCUCCCUCCCUCUCUCUCUCUCUCUCUCUCUCUAUCACCAUGCAGAUGGGAUCAGAAGACGAGGGUUGGCAUCCAAAGAAAGUGGUUGUGUUGCAGGCAGAACGUUUGGUGCAGCACAGAUACAAUACCUACUUUUUACAAAUUCGUUCAAGUGUAGCAACAAAAACUAUAUUCCGUUUUUAAAUUAUAGUUCUUCUGUAAAGGCAAUCACCUUUGUUGACAAUCAUUUAAUUCUGGUGUUGUCAUCCUGCUUGUUUAUGUUUUUUUUCUUUCUUUCUUGCUAUUUUCAACAAUUUUUGAUAAAUUCUGUCAUGGUCGACUUGUUGCUGCCAACACCCACACCCUGAUGAUGAAUUUGUACGUAGACUUCUAUGUAGGGUAUAUACUGUAUAUAAAAAGAAAAUGGAUGACUGCAUUAGUUUUGGCUCAUUAAUUUAAAUCGUCCCUGUACUGGGAUUGUUGGAUGGUUGGGACAGACGCCCUGUAGAUUGAGAAUGUUUAUAUAGGAGUUAUUUUCCUGUCUAGAGUUAUUUUCUCUUGGUUGGGACGAGCUCAGGCGUAGACAAGAAAAGCCAGGUGUGUAUAUUUGUCAUACAGUAAACCUGUGGCCAUGCGUGUGAGUGGAAAAAAAUAAUAUGGACCUUUUUGUAUGAGUGAGUGUGUGCGCAUGGACCAGGCCCAUAAGACCAUACGUUGAUUUUUUUUUAUCAGAUCAUGUUGUCUGUCUCUUAUUGUGUUCUCCUGCUCCUCUGACAACUUUUUUAUUUUCCUUGGUUUUUAUGUACCAACCGCCUCUUUUUGUGUUUGAUACUUAAAUUUCCAACUUUUCUUUUGCUAAGAAUUUAAAUUUCAGCUGCUGUGUUUUUGAUUUUAACCAGUAAAACACAUUGAACCUGUUUCUGAAAUUUGAAACGAGGAAACUACGCCACUAAACCUCUGAAAACAUUCAGACAUCCUACUUCAGAAACCAUUCCUCGCUAUUUUACUGAAGGUUCACACUAUGGACACAACCUGCUUCACAGCAACACUUCAGAAGGGUUCUCUCCGGACUAAUAAUCUUCUCUUAGGUCUGGUGUUCACAAACGUGUAUUAGAAAAUCACAACUUGCUCUUUUGUUCAUAAUUUAGUCAUUGAUGAAAUCAGUUUUUGGAGGCUUCCUCACUCAGAGGAGACUCGAGUUUUAACACUUUGGGGAGAGAUAUUGAUGUUUCAUUUGAAAGCUUGACAAGAAGCACAUUUUUGUCUGAUUCUUUAUCCUUUUUGUACUUUUUUUUCCUUUCUGGUUGUAUUUUAUGACGGGGUUUUUAAAUGAGGUAGCAGUGGGUGUGAUCAUUAUGCAAAUAGUUCCACUUUUUAGUUCCAUUUUUACUGCUGUUUUAAAGGCAAAAGAGACCAAUCAUCUUUGUUUUUUACUCUCCACACAUUAUUUUUACUGUUGCCUAUCCAUGUAAUAUUAUGAUGUACCAUUCAUACCUGCCUUGGCUCCGAGAAGUUUUUUUUUUCAGUAAAGUAUGUAACUGGUAAUACUGUUUUUUUUUAUAAAUAAAGAUCUUUUCAUAGACAAGA